UCGCCGGCCGUGCGGCGCGGAGGACGCAUCUGGCGGAGCAGACGACGCCGACGCGGCGCACGCAGCGCUCUCUCGUUACGCGACUCGACACCGCGACGCGCACAACCCGCGACCCUCCGCGAACCACACGCGCCCGCGACCCGCGCGAGGACAGGACGACCGCGGGGUGGGGGGCCGCGUGCCACCGCGGGGGACACGGCGUGCGCGUGUUCCCGGCGAUGUGACCGGGCCGUCCGCACGUGUGGGCGCGCCGAGGACGCCGUCAAGGAAGUCGUGAUGAGCUAGGAGGCCGCGGGACAACAUGACAGCGCAGCGGCGGGACCGCAGCUUCAGGUGGUCGCGCCUGCUGGCCGCCCUGUCCGCUCUCGGGUGCCUGACGACCGGCUGCGCGGCCUACGGCGGCCGGUCCUUCGGCGUGGCCUACGGCGCGGACGACACCCUCCCAGGGAACAGCCCGGGCGACCUGCCGGGCGACCUCCCCGGCGACCUGCUCGUCAACUCGAUCGCCAACCCGCCGGACUCGGCGGCCGCCUCCCCAGACGAGGACGACGACGAUGAGCCUUCAGGGAUCGAUAUCCUGGUGGGCGGCCCCGGGCCCGGCCUCGGCCGCGGCGGCGGAGACGUGGAGGUCGUCACGCUGUGCCAGGACUGCUGGAAGGUGCCGGCCUCGGACGACCAGCUGGAGCAGCAGCAGUUCAACUCGCUCCAACACGGACGAGCACCCGCGCCCACGAGUCGAGGCGCGGAGACGACUACGACACCGAGGCCAGCGCCCGACGCGCCCGAGUUCGAGAUGCCCAUCGUCAACCUGACGGUACCGCUCGGGCGGGAGGCGAUCCUCUCGUGCACCGUUGACCGCCUCGGGAAGUACAAGGUGGGCUGGCUCAAGGCGUCGGACCAGACGGUGCUCACCAUGCACACGCGGGUCGUGACGCAUAACUCGCGCGUGAGCGUGUCGCACGACAACCAGCGCACCUGGCACCUGCACAUCCGCCAGGUCAAGGAGAGCGACCGCGGCUGCUACAUGUGCCAGAUCAACACCAUCAACAUGAAGAGCCAGCUGGGCUGCAUCGACGUGCAUGUGCCGCCGGACAUCAUCUCGGACGACUCGUCGGCCGACCUGCACGUGCCCGAGGGCGACAACGCGACGCUGCACUGCAAGGCGACGGGCCACCCGACGCCCAGGGUCACGUGGCGUCGUGAGGGCGGCGAGCCCAUCCUCCUGAGGAGGGGCACCAAGGAGCUGUUCCACGGUGAGUGGAGAGAGGGCGACACUGGAGAUGGUGCGGGCGGUAUGGCGAUGGUGCUGGCGGUGCUAGUAUUGCACGCGUGUUUUUGUGUUUUCUUGACGCCCGAACUUGUUUUGCCCGCAGUUGCGCCGCAUAUCGAGGUGCCGAACCAGCUGCUGGGGGCACCACUCGGCACAGACGUCAAACUCGAGUGCAACGUGGAGGCCUUCCCCAACACCAUCAACUUUUGGCUUAAGAGCGGCCAGGAGAUGCUGCUGGACGGGCCUAAGUACAGGAUCGGUGAGCACAGGAAGAACUACAAGGUGUUCAUGUCCCUCCUCAUCCACUCCUUCCGGGAGGACGACAUCGGAGUUUACAAUUGCAUCUCCACCAAUUCGCUUGGUCGGGCGGAGGGCACAGUGAGGCUUUAUGUUAUCAAACCAGUCGGAGAGAGUCCUCUCUCGAACCGAGUUGUUAACGCAGGAGGCCUAGAGUCCCGGGGAGACCCCUCGCGCUCGGCGGCGGGGCUGGUCCGCCCGCGGGGUUGGCAUCGGGGGCUGUGCGUGGCGUUGACGGCGCUCGCGCUGGCCGGCUCGUGGCGGUGACCGUGGGCCUGAGCUGGCCGUGCCGCUCUAUCUGUGAUGACUGUUGUGUAAAUAACGUGUACAUAGUGGACAUAAUGAGUGUGAGCGGAGUGUCUGAAGGUGGGGAGCAUGCGUGCUUCUCCAGUAAACGUCUUUCCCGCAUCGCGGUGGAAAGAGACCAGAGUCUUUUUGUUACCGAAACGGUGCGUAAGUUGAUGUCGUAGUGAACCACACGGACCGAAAUAACAAUGGUUAAAAAUUUCGUGUACUGAGUUAAAGCCCUACGAGACUAUUUCAUCGGCAAAAACAAUGUCUGAUGCUUCUGAAAAUUUUAUGAACUCUCAUGAUUUGAGGAAAAGUCCUCAGAGUUUCAAAAAAAUGGGAAAUUCCAAUUUUUUGAAGUGAUGUCCUCAAAAAAUUAGUAGAUUUAUCUUGAGUAACCGGAGUUACUUUAAGUUUUUCUAAUUUCCUCAAAAAUUCAGCUAUUGUUUUCACCGUGUCUCCCACAGUGCAUUGCAAACGGGUGCAGAGCAGUGUUUUCUGGAGUAAAAAUGGAUUACCUUGUAGGUGUAGGUUUCUUAUACAUACAAGGUUUCUUCACGGGGUCGACGACUUCCACCAUUGGCUGAGGCUCAGAACUCUGUGGGAAACGUGGGUAAGCGCAGGGGUUUUCACAUCGGCUCCGCGCCCUGAAACAAAAAUAUCUAAAAUUACCAUAAUCUUUGAAAUUUUUUCAAAAAUCUUGCCAGUUGGUAUGUUUGCACCCAAUACGCUGAGUGACACAAAAAUUAAUCAGCCUAUAGGGAUUCAACCAUUAAUAUUCUGGUCUUGGCGGGCUGCUGUGACGUCAACUGACGUACCCUUUGCAACAAAAAGGCUAAAAUGUACUUCUUCUGUGCCAUUUCGACUAGGUAGAAGGGAUUUUAUUGUGGGUCUGCGAGUAAUAUAUUUUAUUACCUUGUCAAAACGCUGUCUUCUACAAAAUCUCGUGCCCGGGCCCUCACUGGAAUGCUGUACUUAUUAUUUGUUUAUAAAAUGUUGAUAAGUUUAUGUUAUUGGAAUAGCCAGGAUCGACGGAGUGCUUAACAGACUGUACGCAACUCGUUAUGCAUUCGCUGUUGUGCAGAUUGCUCUUGCGCUUCGGAAUUUCAGCCAAGGUUAAGAAAUCGUGGUUGUGAUCUUCAGCUAGUCUUUUGCAUAAUAAAAUGUGCCAAUUUACGCUUUGUGCCAUGACUCGGCUAUCGUUUUCGAAGGUGAUAAAGCGAGGCCUGGCCUGAAAGUCAUUUAGUCAAUCUUGUAAUGUUUAUUUUAAAAUAAAGCAGAUUAUUUGAUUUCGCCGUUUAUUUAUAUAGAAACUUUCCAAAAUUUGUUAUGAUGUUAAGGGCAAUUGUUUGACUGAUGUCACCAUUACUUUUGUAAAACAAAUAAAUGUAAACAUAUCAUACAAAAUGUUUGCUUGAUCGUCUGUGCUUCCCUUAGAGAAAUGUCUAUGUCUCCCUCUAUGGGCAGUUUUUUAAGAACCUUGUAAAUGUGAUGUUUACCAAACCUUCUGCUUGCUGAAGAGACCAAAAGUCGGCCCUCUGCCUCCAAUCCGCAACACGGUCAAUUACUUAGCUGAAAAUUGUGGUUUCCUAUUUGACAGCUAUCACCCCAAAUCGUAUGUAAAUAAACAAAGAGCAAAGAAA